AGGGCAUCGUUCGGUCCUCUAUGUAUUUUCUCAUCUUCGAUUUCGAAGCUGUCUUCUCUCUUUCUCAAUAUCAGUUUCAGUCUUACAGUUCCGUCGCCAUUAAAACUUAGGGAUUAUCUGCUCUGCAACACAGCUCUUUGACUGGCCAAAACGAUGGCCACAGAUUCGAAGGCUAUGGAUGCUUCCCUCGACGAAGAAACUAACGAAGUUCAAACCUCUGAGCACACUGAGGACACCAAGUCUCAACCUCAAAUAGGAAGAGCUAGUCCUGGAAAGAUUUUCAUUGGGGGUUUAGCAAAGGAGACAACUUCUGAACAAUUCACCACGUAUUUUGGUAAGUAUGGUGAAAUUACGGAUUCCGUCGUAAUGAAAGAUCGGAGAACAGGGCAUCCUCGUGGGUUUGGAUUUGUGACUUAUGCAAAUCCUUCUGUAGUAGAUGAAGUUAUUCAAGAAACUCAUAUUAUCAACGGGAAACAAGUUGAAAUCAAGCGGACAAUACCAAAAGGAGCCAUUGACUCAAAGGAUUCUAGGACAAAGAAGAUCUUUGUUGGUGGACUUCCUACAACUGUGACAGAAGGUGUGUUUCUAUUUUACUUGUCUCAGUUCCUUUUUUUCUACUUAUGGGACUUUGUUAGCAGAGUUCAAUAAUAGGAAUCAUGUUCA